AUGGCUGAGCCCGAUAUCCUCGUUAAUUUUGACCUUGCGCCGGCAGCCAAUGCCUUCGGCGCAUCAUCAUCGAUCAACGGUAUCCGUGGGGGUCGGUGGAAGGACAGGUUCAGGGCAAAAAAGCGACUACAAAAUAAACGCGGCAAACCGAGCUUCCUAGACGCCGAGGGGAACCAGAAGUCCACGAAUGCACAGUCGCGUCCCCACCCGAAGUCCGAUGUCCCAGCUGGACCCAAUCGUGACAAUGGCUCUGGAAACCGAUUAAAAGCUGGGAAUGAGCUCCCUGGCGCUCCAAGGUCGAACCAUGACCAACCCAUUAUUUCAUCAAUCUUUAGCUCAAACCCAGUAUCAGUUGUGAAUGUGGAGAAGACGGGGACUGAAAAUGCUGGACCUGCUAUUCCAACUAAUGCCCCGUUGAAAGAUGGGUCAGUCUUUUCGACAAUGGGGCUUGCGCCAGCUCUUGCAUCUCAUUUGGUAAACAAUAUGAACAUAUCUGCGCCGACAUCGAUCCAGCAAAUUGCCGUCCCUCAACUCAUUUCCUCUGAUUCAGAUGCUUUCAUUCAAGCAGAAACCGGUUCCGGAAAGACCCUCACCUACCUGCUACCUCUAGUCCAUCGGAUAUACACCGCUACUCUUAGUGGUGAUAAACUUCAUCGAGACUCUGGCUGCUUCGCAAUAAUCCUCGCACCGACUAGAGAAUUGGGCCGACAGAUAUACACUGUGUUAAUGCAACUCUUAUCCCACCCAUCACUUCAUUGGCUGGUGCCAAUUCUGAUUCUUGGAGGGGAGAAGAAAAAGUCAGAAAAGGCGAGGAUCCGAAAAGGCGGUAACAUUCUUGUGGCGACACCGGGACGUUUGGCGGACCACCUCUCGAACACAACCUCACUCGAUGUGGGCUUCGUGAGAUGGCUCGUUCUCGACGAAGGGGAUAGGCUUAUGGAACUAGGGUUUGAGGAAACCCUUCAGCAGAUCCUUACGGCUCUAAACGAGAGAGCACAGAAGAGGUCGAAUAAGGCGCCUUUGGCGGAUCUGGGCCUUCCAGAUCGUAGGAUAACGGUUCUCUGCUCCGCAACGAUGAAGGCCAGUGUACAAAAGCUAGGCGAUAUGUCGUUGAAGGAUGCAUUGUAUCUCAAAAGCAACCAGAAGUCAGAUGCGGCUAGUGAUGGCCCCAAGUCCUUCCAAGCACCAGCACAGCUAAAGCAGGCUUACAUCGUAUCCCCUGCUAAAUUGCGGUUGGUUACACUAGCUAGCAUACUCAGGAGAGCCUUUAUUCGAAAGAAGGAACAUAUGAAGGUUAUUGUGUUCUUUUCCUGUGCUGACUCAGUCGAUUUUCAUUACCAAGCAUUCCGUAAAAUUGACGACAAGGAACAGCAAGACACAGAAUCAGAAACAUCCUCAGACGAGGAAAAGGAGGUGGAAACAGAGACGUUGGAGGACAAUAAGAAGAAGCCUCAGCGUCCGAGUCUUGCGGCGAAGUCAAUGGCGCCACUGAUCGAUCCAACUGUAUCGUUGUUUAAACUCCACGGGAGCUUGGCUCAACAUAUCAGAACAAAUACUCUCAACGACUUUUUUCAUGAAAAAGACGGGGCAGUAUUAUUCUGUACUGAUGUGGCUUCUCGAGGCCUGGACCUCCCAAAUGUUGACUUAGUAGUUCAAUAUGAUCCACCAUACAGCCACGAGGACUAUAUACACCGAAUCGGAAGAACAGCUAGAGCUGGUCGGGAUGGAAGAGCGUUGCUUUUCCUAUUACCAGGGUGCGAGGAAGGCUACCCGGGUCAAGUUCUAAAGGAACAACAUCUUACAAGAAGGCUAGCGGACGAGGUUCUGAAGAAAGGGUUCGGGGCUGCCCCUCUACCUAAGGCUGCAAAGGUUGUGGACCCUUUGUGGAAGAAAGAUUUCAUGCCAAAAAAUUCUGGAGCAAAAUGGGAGCAGGAAGCUAUUGAGUUUCACCUGGACAUCGAGAGGCGGGUCCUAGCUUCUGACGAAUUCUCAAAUGUUGCUAAAAGGGCCUUCCAGAGCCAUAUACGAGCGUAUGCCACACAUGUAGCAGCUGAACGAGAAAUAUUCGACAUCAAGCAGUUGCAUUUAGGCCAUAUCGCAAAGAGUUUUGGCCUGCGCGAACGCCCCGGUGAUAUCAGGUUGCCUGCCCGUGGGAAGACUGGGACUGUUCCGAGUGCAACGGGUAAGCGCAAACUAGACAGCACUGAUACCAACGGUGACAGUACGCGAGAUGCACAAGACGAAGAGGAGUUACAGAGGGCUGCUCAAAUGAUGCGAAAAAAGAUGAGGGAGCACAUGAACAUCGCUUCGGAAUUCAAUAUUGGUUGA